AUUCUAAAUGAAGGGCCCGCUCGGAGUGAAACGCUUCAACGGGCCACGACACGAAUCGGUCGCGCUGAACGUAGAAAAUUCUGACAGCUCGGGGCUCGGGGCCGUCAUAUGAAAAUAAUGUCGUUUUUAUUACAUUUUUUGAUAAAUUAUUAUUCUAGUUUCGAAUCGGCAGCGUACCGACGGCCUUAUCGAUUUUCCUAUUUAGCGCGCUACCGUAAUUUGUACAUUUUCGAAAGGUUCGCGUCGAGUCUAUGCGCUUUCGAAAAAUAUUUUACUUUGUAUUUUCUCAGCAGCGAACGGACGUCGAGCGCGGUGCCGUAAAUUGGUAAUAAUUCUGUUGAUUACACAGUAAUAAAGUGACCAAAUAUGGGUUAGUGGUGUGGAACAUGUAAUAUGCGAUCGUUGACUCCAGUCAUACAAUCGAAAUGUUUGUUUGUGUUGAUAGUGACUGGUGCAUUCCUAACGUGAAAGUGUACGUUUGUGUUGUUUUUGUGCUGUAACGGAUGCUGAAGUAAAUUCAGACCAGGCGGGGACAAUAAACAAGUACUGCCGCCUGCCGUGAUCGGUCAAUCGUGUAACAACGCGCCCGCCAAAGACGAAGCCACAUUCCACUUUUAUAAUACUCAUAAUUUAGUUUAAAAAAAAAAAAAAUAUAUCUAUAUAUAUAUCAAAAUUCGACCAAAAGAACCAAACCAAAACAAGGAAGCGCUAUUGACUUCUAUACCAAAGCUAGUUUAAUCGGUUUAAGUGGACGCCUAGAAGCGUGUGGACCAAGGAGGAUCGGGUCUGACGAAGAUGACGCCGCAACAGUACUGCCUGCGUUGGAAGCACCACCACUCGAAUGUCCAGAGCAUGUUCGCUCAGCUCUUAGAGACUGAACGCUUUUGCGACGUGACCUUGUACUGUUCUCCGAAUUUCGCGACCCAAGUGACUGGCAAGGACACGGUGGAGCCACAGAACAUCCGAGGAGUCUCACUUCGAGCACACAGGGUUGUACUGGCGGCGUGCUCUGAGCUGCUGGGGGCGCUGCUGGGCGCUCACGAGGCUCACGGGGAACCUGUCCUGGUCAUCGACGGCGCUGAACCGAAGCACCUGAAGGCUCUCCUCGAUUAUAUGUACACCGGCGAAAUGAACGUUCAUCAUUCGCAGCUCGCGAGCCUCCUGAAGACAGCCGAGGAGCUUCGCAUCAAGGGCCUGACGGAUUUACGGUGGAAUAACAAAGACGAACCGCCAGACUCUGAAACUGCCAAAAUAGAUGUUAUGUCUUCAGGAGUCGUGGCCACGCCCACUAGCUCGCCCGUCGAGAAACAAACAGACAAACUCACCGAAAAACAAGAGAAGACGCCGUCCCCACUACCGAUACUACCGAAACUAGAAACGUCCAAGCAAAUUUCCCCAAAGCCCGAGACGCCAAAGUUGAAUUCCCCCAAACAGGUCUCCCCGAAAAUAAGUUCCCCCAAACAGGUCUCCCCCAAGCAAGUCUCCCCCAAACAAAUCUCCCCGAAACUAGGGUCCCCUAGAGGGGGCUCGUCGAGUCAGGAAGCGCCCCGCACCCCGGAGGCCGCAGACCUUCGCUCGUUGAAGACCGAAAGCGAAGUCGGCGACGACAAGGCACUUGAUAAAUUCAAUGUCAAUGGGGGUCCUCCGCCCUUAAUAAAACUGACGACUAAAGAAAGAAUCAGUCCAAUCAAGCGAGAGAACUCUGAAAUAGACAGUCCGAGCCCCAAGCGACAGAGGCUGGCGAGCGCCACCGAGCACAUGGACGAAGACUCCAUGUCUGCAUCAAGAGGAGACAAAGACGAAUGGCAACACGGGAAUCUAAACAUAACAGCAGAACGCGUCGUCGGCUGGGGAGGGGGCUCGGAGGAGUCCUCCCGGGAGCCCUCCGAGGAGGACUGGGCCGACGCGCCGGCCGACAUCGGCUCCUUCCUGCACACCCGGCUGCGUGUGGACGGAGACAACAGCGCCGAUGAGGAGACCAACGACAGCACGGCGGGCCCCCCCAGCCGGUCCACGGUCGCGUCAUCGUCGUCCUCCGCCAAGGAGAUCAGAAUGGAUUUCUCCACUCAGCUGUCACUACCGAAACGUCCCAAAUCAGACCCCACAGACCCUCGCUUCACUGACGUUGUCAAGCUGAGCGACUACCUGCAGCACGGGAGACGGCCUCAGUUCUGGGAGGAGCCCUACGUUAGGAGGGUGAUGGAGUCGGUGAGGCUAAAGGAACUGGAAAUGAAACAGGCCGCCGAGAUCCUGGGCGUGAGCUACGGCACGCUGUACGGGAGGUAUCGGGACGUGUACGGGUGUAUCAACAGGCCUUACAGGGCUGUCCGCGACUUCUGGCAGGCGAAGGGUCCGUCGGAGGUGCUGGAGCGGCUGCAGCGCGGCGACAUGACGCUGGACGCGGCGGCGCACGCGCUCGGCGUCACCAUCAACACGCUCGCGGCGCACGUCGCCGACUUCGGGCACGCCGCCGCCGCCGAUUUCGAGCCGAUCCCCAUCGAGGUGGACCCAUCGUUGAAGAGUCGGAUGCGCACGUACAGCGGACAGCAACAGCCACCCGGCAAGCAGCCCCCGAGGAAACCGUUCCCUUCCAGCGCCAACGACAAGCCCCUGGUGAAAAAGCUGAUGGUCGGGAGCGGCAGCGACGAGGAGUUGCAGAUACCGGCGACGGUCAUCAGCUCCUGCGACAGUAAGCUGAUCUCCAGCAAUCCUCCGUCGUGCGGGAAGUGGCCGACGAUCCGCGUCGCCUCAAUCGACAGUCUCCGCGCCACGGAGCCCGUCAUCUCCCCUGUGCCGGCCCCCCCACCCCCAGUCGCCGCGCUCCCGCCCGCCCCCACCCUGUCGCCCGCCUCGCCCUCGCAGCUCAUGAGGACCAGGCCCGACCUCACGAUAGUCGCGGCCAGGAGGCCGGACCCCAAGCGAGACGAAGACGACACGUGAUCCGGUGAAAACUAAUUAUAAUAUAACGUUUAACCAAAGUAUUAUGUAAUCCCCCCUACUGUGCCCCGCGCGAGUUUUUAUUUUCA